AUGCCCUCAUUGAUUGAACUGAAAUUAAAAGAGUACAAUAGCAGAUUUCUAGUGAAACCGUUCGAUAUAAGUGAGAAAUUUGUAACGUUCGAGAAGGGAAUUGAUACGCUUGAUAAGAGAACCGCUGUCAUUAAGCAAUUGGUUGACACGUGGAGAGAAGAGGAUGCAUUCACACACUUGCGUGGCUGGCGCGACGAGCUUUAUCCAGUCUAUGGUGAUCCAUCCAACCCUGACAAUAUAGCGUUCGUAAUUGAACGCGCUGCUUCGAGCCUUUUUGGCAUAUAUACAUUUGGCGUUCAUCUCAACGCAUAUACCCGCACGUCGGAUGGUAAACUGAAAAUGUGGAUUGGCAAACGAGCAUCUAAUAAACCAUCAUGGCCUGGCUGGUUAGAUAACGCAGUAGCUGGUGGCAUCGCAUAUACACACUCUGCUAAACAGACUCUGAUAAAAGAAGCAAUGGAGGAGGCUAGUCUACCAGGUCAUAUUGCCGAAAAAGCCCAACCUGUUGGAGCCAUAACUUAUUUCUACGUUACUCAAACACAAAUACAGCCCGAGACACAAUAUAUCUACGAUUUGGAAUUACCGGUUGACAUUGUACCCAAGCCAAACGAUGAUGAGGUCGAAUGUUUUUAUCUUUGGGAUUUAAACGAGCUCGAACAACAUUUACGUAAUGGUGAAUUCAAACCAAACUGUGGAUUAGUUGUUAUUGAUUUCUUGGUUCGUCACGGAGUUAUUACACCUGACAACGAACCCGAUUAUUUAGAGUUGUUGAAUAGACUUCAUAGGCGACUGGGUUAUCCUGGUCCCAGCAAGAUUACCGAAUGA